ACUGUGCAUCUCAAAGCCAAGCGCCAGCAUAGCGUCCAUUCGUCGUGGUGGUAAAUUUUUGCCGUUGCUCGCACCAUCAGCCAUGUACACACACACACACACACACAUACAUAUCACGCCGUUGGUUAGCACACACCUCCCCACAACCGGGUCUCAUCACUUUUCGCUAUUAUCGGCAUCGCAAUCUGAGAUGCCCAAGUCGUGCUAUCAUUGCGCUUGAUUCACCGCGCGUCCUCGAUGGCCCCUGCCAACCUCGUCUAGGCUCCUUUAUGAACAGCAUUGGAUUUUGUUCAGCCUUUGCUUCUGGCAUUCUGACACGGAUCAUCCGGGGCGGGGCGUCAGUAAAGUCAUGCACAGACAAAGCACGCAAGCCAUGGUGCAAGCCACACCUAUUCAUUACAAGGUCUCGUUGCCAGAAGGAGUUCGGAGAGUUCGGCGGACCUCGAAGAUCGAAUCCAACGGCAGGGAAUCUGGACGACCCGCCCGACUUCGCCAUCGCAUCCGGACUAGAAGCGGCACCGAGCACGCAGUAUCUUUCCUGGUGGGACGGACGGCUGGACGGAUCAAGCUCGCCAACUCCGAGAAUACUCUGUUGCAGAGGGGAGACAAGGAGGGCUAUGCACUGGUGGCACGGAGUACGCAUCGCGACACAAAUACGGUUAAACGCAGCGCCAGGAACCGCUUAUUACUGCAGCUUGAUGGAAGGAAUUGCGUCAAAUUCUUUGGAGAUGCUAAAUACCCGCCUUUCGACAUCUGUUCAAUCAAUCAACUGAUCCGGUGUCGACGUACUGGGCUGGCAUUCAUCUUGGUCCGUCCUUGACUCAUGAUUAAGGUCCUUUGAACAAAUUUUAAGAGCGGACCAAUAGCGGUCCUAGUCAUGAACCCGUACACAUCACAUCCGAGAUGGUGGCUGC